AUGAAAAACAACACGACAAUAAAGAUUUAUCGAAAUGUUGGUGGUGCUUCUCAAGGCAUUAAAUCAAAACAUGUCGCAGUCGAGAUAAUCAAAAGUGUUUUAUCAAACAACAAUUAUCUUCAUGUUGGAAUUGCGAUGAAUUUAAAAAAGCUUCACAUUAGAUUUGUUUUGAAUUGUCAUCGUCAAAGGCGUUGUAAAAGUGAGUAUGAAACCUCUUUGUCCACAGAUAUUUAUUGA